UGGUAGUACUGUGUGCUUUGGUGUUUGGACUGGGAAGCGUCAGUGCUGAAAUCAUAAGCCUGUUGUAUGCCGGCUGUAUAUGAUUAUAUUGUUUCAUUGAGGAUUUCAACAGACUCAUUAAAGCACACAGCUUUUUCUAAGAUGCUGGACUGAGAUAUUACCUAGUGUAAAGAAGUUUGUCUUAUGUUGCUACUCCUUUUCUAAUUGGGACUUCUCUGGAAGGGUGGAUUAUAUGGCUAAAGAUUUGGACAUAAAAAGGUAUUGCCAACCAGGUCUCAGCAGAGAUGCCAGAUAAAACACCAGAGGGUACAGAAACCACAUCGCAGAAUGAAGAUGAUUACCAUUUGCCUUUGGAUCCUCUGUCGUCUGUAACAGAACCUCCAAGCCCAAGAACAGCAGAGGUAGAUCUCCACCGGACAAACAGACAUUUACGUUAUUGCGGAAUCAAAAACAUGGAGAUGUCCGAUAGUGACAGGCCUGUCAGCUUUGGUUCAACUUCCUCCUCUGCAUCUUCCCGAGAUAGUCACUGUUCAUUUGGGAGUCGGAUGACAUUGGCAUCAAAUAGUCACUUGGGUUUGUUUCAUCAGGAUAGGGAAGCAGGGGCUAUAAAACUAGAACUGGUUCCAUCCCGACAGCUGUCAAAUGAUGACCUGCGAACUAACUGCUCCAAAGAACAGGCUCGUGGAAGCCCCAGGGAAAAACUUGAUGAGAGACUGACUAUACCAUGGAAAGAAUCCAAAGGAUCGGUCAAGAAUUGUUCAAACUCUGAAGUGGUGGAGUCACCAAGUCCAAAGCUUAUGUAUGUUGACAGAGUGGUACAAGAAAUCCUCCAGACUGAACGGACAUAUGUACAAGAUUUAAAAAGCAUUGUUGAGGAUUAUCUCAAUUGUAUUUCUGACCAAACUAGGCUUUCCCUAGGGACGGAAGAACGGUCAGCCCUGUUUGGCAAUAUACGGGAUAUCUACAAUUUCAACAGUGAUCUUCUUCAAGAUUUGGAGAACUGUGACAAUGACCCUGUUGCAAUUGCUGAAUGUUUUGUUGCAAAGAGUGAAGAAUUUCACAUUUACACACAAUACUGCACAAACUACCCAAGAUCUGUGGCUGUAUUAACAGAAUGCAUGAGAAACAAGAUUCUUGCCAAAUUCUUUCGGGAACGACAGGAAGUCCUACAGCAUUGUCUUCCUUUGGGGUCUUACCUUUUAAAACCCGUUCAGAGGAUCCUUAAGUACCACUUGCUGUUGCACGAGAUAUCCAACCACCUGGAUAAAGAUACAGAUGGCUAUGAUGUCGUACUUGAUGCCAUUGACACAAUGCAGCGGGUCGCUUGGCAUAUUAAUGACAUGAAAAGAAAACAUGAGCAUGACAUCAGACUUCAGGAGAUUCAGAGCUUGCUUACUAAUUGGAAAGGGCCAGACCUGACCAGUUAUGGAGAAUUGGUUCUAGAAGGCACAUUUCGUUUUCAACGAGCCAAGAAUGAGCGCACUUUGUUUCUGUUUGACCGGCUGCUCCUCAUCACAAAGAAAAGAGACGACUCUUACACAUACAAAGCCCAUAUCCUGUGUUGCAAUCUUAUGCUGGUAGAAGUUAUUCCAAAGGAGCCUCUGAGCUUCAGUGUGUUUCACUACAAGAACCCCAAGCUCCAGCACACAGUACAGGCCAAGUCACAGCCAGAUAAACGUCUGUGGAUUCUACACUUGAAGAGAUUGAUACUAGAAAACCACCCAGCUAAAAUACCAGCAAAGGCAAAACAAGCAAUUUUGGAAAUGGAUUCUAUACAUCACCCAGGUUUCCCUUACACUGCAGAAGGUGACAGAAAAUCUUAUUCAAAUCAAAAAGAAGACCUUGCUUCAUGCAGAGUUAGGAGGAAGUCGGAACCAUCUUCCAACUUACAUAAAGUCAUGAAGCAAAAUGAUUCAAGCCCUGAAGUUCAGAAGCGUAUUAGCAUGCAGGGAAAUUUACUUCCCCAAGCUGCUAAACUAGGUACAAGGGAUGCUCUCCUGAGCCCUGGAAUGAGAAAGGGAGCUCUGACUCACAGUACCAAUAUAAGUGGCUCACAGGACCUCUUCCAGCAAGCCUAUAACAGUGAAAGUCUGUGUUUGCGGCAAACAGAGCAAAUCGAUGCUGAUGAUGAAGAGGAGUCUGUACAGCACACUUCCCAGCAGAAAGUUAAAGGAGGAAGAAAGAGGUUAAACAGCCAGGCCUCAGAGAAUGUUGAGAAACGUAGAAGUAUCAACCUCGGCUUAUGUGAAAGUCAGAAUUCCAAAGACCAAUCAGAUGAAGAGUUGUCACAACUGAGUACAGAUCAACUGUUCCCCCAUUCUGCUGCACUUCCCUCAAACAGACAACAAGGUACAGCUCAGACAAAUUCAUUAAUAAUGAACAUCCUUGGAGGAACAGCUGCUUUGCGAAACAUCUGGACAGAUCACCAGAUUAGACAAGCCCUCUUUCCUUCUAGAAGAUCACCCCAAAACAAUGAGGAGGAAGAUGAUGAUGAUGAUGAUUAUCAGAUGUUUAUGAUGACUGAAUGCUCUAAAUUGGAGUCGCCCAAGUCACAAGAACAAAGAGGGGCAUCCAGUCGACCAUGUAGUUGGCACCUAGGCCUUAUGCAAGAUGAUGGUGUCAAUAAUUCAUACUGCAGAGUGGUCAGGAGGGCAAGUAGUGUCGGAGAAAGUAAAUCCCACAACUGUAAUUCGAGGUUCAGGCAAAAUAACAGCAACCAUCCGUUUUCUCAUCGUGAAGUUAUAGAUCAAAGUCCAAAGUUUUCAACUCUUGGUUCCUCUGAGGAAUUGACUAUAGAUGAUAUUGAACAUGUUUAUGAUAAUAUCAGUUAUGAUGAUCUUAAACAGAUGGGGCUCACCAGAAGGGAAAAUACAGAUUAUCUUCGGAUUAAUGCUUUGCAUCUAAGCAGUGAUAGUCUUGAUGGUCAUACAGUAAAAGGAUAUGAUAAUGUGAAGAACAUUUCCAUACCAAAGCGAGAAAAAGAUGUUUUUAAGAAAGGGACAUCUAAUUCAAGCUCGCAGGAGCUCAGAAUAAUAGAGGAAAACAUAUAUGAUUCCAUACGCCUUCCAGAACAAUCACUGGAGCAUGUAAGGAGCAAUUCAUGUUCUAAGCGGGACAACUUUGUGGGCAUGGAUGGAGAUUUUCAGUGUUAUGACCCCUUGCAGCGUUUUGUUUCUGACGAAAGUCUACAGUACAGUGAGGAUGAGUCCUCGGACCACUGUGUGCCCUCAGGAGACGAUUAUAUUAACUUGCUCGAAAUAUCCUCCAAUUCAGAUUCUGUUUCCCACAAGUCUGCGGCUGACAAGUUGUCAGAAGAAGUAGAUGAGAUCUGGAAUGAUUUGGAAAACUAUAUAAAAAAGAACGAAGAAAAGAAAAAUGAGCAUUCAUUGGCCUCUUUUCCUGUGAGUAAAGAUGAUGUCCAUGAGAAGAGACAUAAGGCAAGUAAGUCUCGUUUUAACAAAGAUGUGCAGUAUUCACUGUCUUCACUGUGCUUACCAGAUAAUUCACCUUUACCUAUGACAAAAGUGAGCUUUAACAGUCCACAUAGCCAUAAAGGUGAGCAGAGUCCUCCAACCUCUCUUAAUAGCUCUAUGCUAAGCUUGAAAAGGACUUCAAUCACUAGUGAGGUGACCAUUCUGGAAUCCCCUUACUAUUCAUCUCACAGUACUCUGUCCUACACAGACACACUGAGUGUUGCUCAGGGAUUGGACAGCAUUGAAAAAUCCACAAAUAAGGUUGUCAUGAUGGCGCGACAGUACAGUCAAAAAAUAAGAAAAGCCAACCAUCUAAAAAUGAAGAGCCCAGAACAGGAGCAACCAUCUUGCAAAUCACACAAACUAAAAUCAAAAGACCUUGCAGCUAUAAUGGAAGAGAAGAAACAAGGAGGCUCAGCGAUAGGUGCAAGAAUUGCAGAAUAUUCUCAGGUGUACGACCCAGUUAUUUUCCGUGAGUCUCCUGCAAGAACACAAAAAGAAGCUAAAAACACUCCAAAAGAAUCACCUGCAAUAAAGUCAAUAUCUCCUCGACAACCAGCUCCCCAUGUUCAUCAGCAGCACAGAAAAUCAUUGCAGCAAAAUAGCACCAGCAUGCAUUCUGCACACAUCAAUGGGGAAGCUGGUGAUUUCUUCACCUGGCCUGACUUUAAAGACUUAAAGACAAAAUCUGAUAUCUCCGCACUUGGGACAAAAGGCCACCAAAGAAACAUUAUGGCUGCAUGCUCUGUUCCAUCCUUGGUCAAGUCAAAUCCAUCAACCUUACAUACCCAGAGAUGGAGUACAAUUAGCCAACAGCAUGAUGAAAAUACAAGUCUUGCCCAUGCCUAUAAUUCACUGGGUAGAAGAGUAGUCUGUGAGAAAACCCAGCCAUAUAUUCGUUCACAGUCCUCCUCUUCUUCUAUGAUCAUGGACAGAAAACAUGAGCCUAUUAAACACACAAAGAUCUCUACUGCUCCACAGCCACCCCAAAACACUAAACCAGAGAGAUUUUCUAAUAUUUAUGACUUUGGUGGAAGCUUUACUGAUGAAAAAGGAUCCCAAGCAUCAGAGGAGACUGCUGAUAUAACUUUACAAGACUCCCAGAAGAUUUUGGUUCUGAACAAUCUAUCUUCCUUAAAUGCUCAAAUUGCUACUCUGAACUAUUUUGCAAACUUUAAAGACACUGAAGGUGAUGAUGAGGAUGAUGAUGACUAUGUGGAGAUCAAGUCAGAUGAUGAGGAGGAUGGGCUGGAGGCAGCAGCCAGCCAGCCACUGAGAUUAAAUGCACGUGAUCAUUCUGAACUUGCUCAGACUCCCUGUAGCACCAGCACCCCGUAUUCCAUUAGCAUGCCAACUACCCCAAUAAAGUCUUUAAAUGACAAAGAAACCCCUGAUGCCCACAUAGGUUAUGGAGAUGUGGAUAAACUAAAGGACUAUCUCUGGAGGGCACCACCUUCCAACCAGCAGAAUAUUGUUCAGUCUCUUAGAGAAAAAUUUCAAUGUCUUAGCUCAAGUAGUUUUGCUUGAACAUAUUUCUUACAAAUCGUUAAAUGUACUGUAGGUAUUCCUAUAUAUGGGAUGAUAUGCUCCCUACUGCAAAUGAUACGGAUAUGAGAAGUCACAGAAGACUUGUGUGAACAUAUAAAAGCACAAGAUUGCAGGAUGACUUGCUAUUAUACAGGUCACAUAAGUGACAUCUGAUAUCCAUAUAAUUUAGAACAAGUAGUGCAUUAUUGUAAUUUUUCCAUGAACAGAUACAUCAGAAUUCACUGAUUAUAAGAGAUUAACUUAAUGUUAAUACAGAUAUUAUUUGCAGGAGAUUAUACAUCUAUUGCCAUUAAUUGUGUAUUAUACUGUAGCUUAAUAUCCUUAUGCACUGUAUUACUGCAGCACUGGUAAAUCUGUGUUUAUUGCUUUGCAUAGUUUACAUAUAGUAUGACGGUAAAUUUGACAUGUUCAAUCUGAAAGAAAUAAUAUAACUUCGUCAAAAAUAAGGAAUGAGGUGUCUGCAAUUUGCAUUCAUAUGCAAGUGUCCCAAAUUGAUGAUACCUUUUGAAGCACAAUUUAAACUAAAAUUGGUUAUGGCCUUUCAGAUUUAUACCAGAUGCAUUGCAAUAGAUAACUGUGUCUUGAUAAACAUAGAAUAAAAAGUAUAAGAUGGUGUCAAAUAUCCUAUUAGCAAAUAAACACAUGCCACACAUUACCAGUUAAUUGUAGUGGAUCAUUGCAAAACAAUGACUGGAUAAUUGCAAUCCAAUGAGACCAGCGAACAGUUUAGUCAUACAUUGGCAUAGAUCUCAUUGAAUUUUAAGAUUAAAUAAAUUCUUAUGGAAUUCCAGAUGGAACAAAUACUUUGCCAAAUAAGAAGUAAGCUGGACAUGGUUAGUACUGGUUUUGAGUGCCAUCCACUUUUCUAAAACAAGACUAUACUGUAUAUGUGUUUGUUUGUUUUUUUUUACCAGGAAACCCUUUGUGAUAUGGCCAAAUUUAGUAGGAGGAACAGAUUUAGGUGUCUAUUCAUGAAGCAGUAAAAAUUGUGGAGAAGUGAGCCAGUGGAGAAGUUGCCCAUGGCAACCAAUCAGUUGUAACAUUUAUAAAAUGCAUUCUAGAAAAUUAUACGUAGUGAUGGGCAACUUCUACACUGGCUCACUUCCCCACACUUUUCACUAGUUCAUGAAUAGACCCCUUAAAAAAUUAUACGUAGCCAUGGGCAACUUCUCCACUGGCUCACUACUCAACACUACUCUUUGGUUCAUGAAUAGACCCCAUAAAAAAUUAAGUUCGAUAGUCUACUGUAUUUUUAUCAUGGGUCAACUCCAGGAUAAAUAAUGUAUUCAUAAUGGAACUGCAAAUCUGCAAAUAUAUGUGUGUGUAUUUUGAAGAACUAGAGCAGUGUUGUUCAGGAGGAGACCAGCCUGUAGUAAUGUCUCCUCUUUUAUCCAGCAUUCCCACAACAGAUUCAUCCAUAUAGUACUGUGAUAAUGAGUGGCCACCAUGGACAUGAUGUAACAGAAACUUCACCGAUCUUCCUUCUGACAAUUAAAUAUAUAAGCUUCUUGAAGAGCCAAGGGCCACAUUUGUGGCCCCUAACAAUAGCACAUUGCCAUUCACUUUGAAUAACAAUACAACUGAUUUUACAAAACGCUUUAAAUAAGUUAGUAGGAUAAGUAGGAUAAUUAGGAUUCAGUUUGCUUACACUAAAAAGUUUGUAUUCAUGUAAUUCCCAUCAUAUUGUAAAUAGGUUAGUUCCACUCUUGUAGCAUUAUAGUUACUAACAGAAUCCUCUGCCCAUAUUAUGGUGUAAGGGCAGGUGGUGGUAUACAAAGUGUAGGAUUCUGAGGUGACUUCUAAUAUCCUUAUAUGGUUAGUAUGGGAAUGUUUUUCUUUAUAACUAAGGAAUAAUAGAAACACAUUAUGUAAUGGACUUACAAAACCUGUCUAAAAUCCAGGCACAUCUCAUAUCUAAAGACCUAAUCAAAACGUAUACCAUAGUUAAGAUGUUACGUAGUUCAUCCUAAUAUAGAUCUCUAUUCUGCACCAUGUACAUUGUGCUAUAAAGUCUUACUUUUUACUAUAGUCCUACUUCAAAUGUCUGUUCUGAAUCUUCUAAACCAUUUAGCAAUACAGCUGUGUAGAAUGUGCUGGGAUACAGCAACAAGUAUGGGCAAUAGGGUUGCAUGGUAGCAAUAUAUUACUUUCUCACCAUAAUAUUUCAUAGACUUCUGGAUAGUGCAGACACUUAUCAUGUUCUGCAUGUUUGUGCACUGUGGUAUGACACCGUAUGAGACAAACAUUCCAUACAUUUUUCCCAAAACAAUGGUGGAUUACAAAGGUUAGUACUGUUAGUUUAUUGUCAUUUUUUUAAACAAUAUCAACAUGGAUUGUAAAUAUUUGAACACUGGCUCGUAAUAUGUACUGUAAUUAACAUAUUGUAAUAAAAUGUCCAUUUUGAGUUCACUAUUCUCUACUUUUUGAUGAGGAGAGAACAAUGAUAAUUGUGAUAUUUCUAAUGUUUUUUUUCAUCCUGUAUAGCAGGAGUUGAAGAAGUUGUUGUGAUUUAUAUAUGUAUAUUAGUUAUUAAGCCUUAAGUUAUUGUGUGGUGUGUUGUAUUUUUGUGCUGUGACAAUAGAUUUAGCAUCCUUACACCAGCUCAUGGAAUAAAAACUUGAUAAAACAUUUAAAAAGGAAAUAUAUGUGGGGGAAAAGAAAACGUUAUUGUUCCUGUUUAACAUUGCAUGAGUCUUAAGCAUAUACUCCACCGUUUUUAAGUGUUUACUCUGCCCUAAUUACUCUGCCCUACAGUUCCUAAGAUAUUUCUUUUAGCAUUUAAACUCCAAGCUAAUUGUCUCCUCUUUCAAAAUGUGAAAUGUAAGUGAUAAUAUAGCUCAACAAACUAUCCCAGUCAUUGACAAAUAAGAUUAAAUAAAAUAUAGAAGUCCUAAAUAAAUCAAACAUAAUUAGAAUUUGACAAAUUAACCUCGUGUUAACAAAAAAUGUCUGCCAAUAAAUCCAAGUAAAAACAGUUUUGGAUAAAAAACAAAAUAGUAAGUACAAUAAAAUAUUCUUUUUACAGGUAAAUUGCUUUUUAGAAUGUAUUAACCAUUAUGAAUAGUAAAAUACAGAAUUUCAAAGACUCCACGCUUGUAAUAUAUUUGUAAGGUUUUCACUAUUAAACUUUGUGGACUAAUUUAGCGUUCUUAAAAAGACAGAUUAUUGAUUUGGAAUGGUUGGUCGCUAACAUAAAUCUACUGCCUGCACUAUGCUGUAUAGAACCAUUGGUCAAGAUUUGUAUAUAAAAUUGCUUGUUUGGGCUUUAUGUCUGAAUUUGACCUUAAAUAGCAUCUUGUCCUGUGGAUAAGAUUGUUUUUUCUUCUUUUUUGUCAUUCUCUACAUUGCACUUUUUCAUGUUUUUGUAUAGGUUUUAAAGAAAAAAAAAAGUAUGUACGUGUAGAAUCUUUCAUUUCUUUCAUUGAACAUUGAAAGCAUGCUGUACCUGAAGAAAUAUGUGUAAUUUUAUGAUGCUCAGAAAAAAUAAAAGCAGUGUUUCAAGUGAA